CUCUCCUUUGCUUACUUAAAUUCACUUUGUUUUUAUUUCUCACUUUGUCUAAUAUACUCGUCCGAAAAAUUUACUAUUUCGAUUCACAGUGCACAGAAAUAGAACACAGAAAUGGCGAGGACAUGUUACUACGAGUUGCUUGAAGUUGAGCACGGCGCUAGUGAUUCUGACCUUAAGCGCGCAUACCGCAAGCAGGCGCUCAUCUGGCAUCCAGACAAGAACCACGGGAACACUGACGAGUCCACUCGCAUAUUUGCCGAGAUCAAGGAGGCAUACGAGACGCUGAGCGACCCCCAGGAGCGCGCAUGGUAUGAUAACCACCGCGAACAGAUUCUACGCGGCGACGACUACAUGGCCGCUGCUUCAGCCAGUGGGACGGGAUCGGGCCACGGCCAGGGUGGCCAGAGCGCGAAUGUCAGCUUUGUUUCGACAGAUUAUCUAAUGAAAUUUUUUAGCCUGUCGUCCUUUCGUGGAUUCGACGACUCGCCGUCAGGAUUCUACACGGUCUAUCGCGGCCUAUUUGCACGGCUCCGCGAUGAAGAGCUCGACGUGUAUGACCCCGAAACGGAAAGCCAAAUGGACUACCUACAAAAUCUUGACUUUGGUACGUCUUUUACUCUGUUCGAUGAGGACGCCGCCUAUGCGAGAUCCCAGAACCGGUCGAACCGCCAGCCGCGUCGAAGCGAGGGCACCGGGUCUACACUGCGCGACUUUUACAACUUUUGGACGAGCUUUUCGUCGCGCAAGUCGUUUGGCUGGUUUGACAGAUUUCGGCUGGCAGAUGCAGAGAACCGCCAGAUCAGACGGCUGAUGGAGAAGGAAAACAAGGUCCUGCGCGACAAGGCGAAGCGGGAAUUCACUGAAACUGUCCAGAACCUAGCUUCCUGGCUCAAGAAGCGCGACCCACGUUACAAGCGCUACACAGAUGAGCAGCAGGCCCUGCAGCUGGAGCGGGAAAGCGAGCGCAAGCGCCGCAUGGCCGAACAACGCGCCGCAGUUGUUGAAGACGCCAGCACGUAUGUGCGCCAGGCGUGGGAGGAGGUCGACUACUCAAAGUUUUUGGACGAGCACCUUGACUACUCCCCAGAGGAGCACAGCGAUAGCGCCAGCGACAAUACCGAUAUCGUUGGAGGCAAGGAUGAUUUUGCAAGUGGAAUCGAGCUCGAGGUUGUGUCCGGGGAUGAGCUCGAUCCGGAAAACGAGCUUGUGUGCUUCACAUGCGACAAGCUAUUUAAAACGGCUGCGCAAAAAGAGAACCACGAGAAGAGUAAGAAGCACCAAAAGGCCGUGCGCGAGAUCCGGCGCGAAAUGAUGCGUGAGGAGCGCCGCAUGGCAAAGUUGUCUGGGACUCGCGGCAAUUCGACGCAGCCAGCAUGUAGUGACCCCAUCCUCGACGAACAUAGCGACCUCACCGAAGCUGCAUCAGACAGCCACAUCACCGACAUUGAGGAUGAUUGCACGGACGACGAGGACUCUAUCCUGGCCCAGAUGGUUGGAAGCGUGAGUCUGGCGCAGGAGGCCAAGAGCAAGAGUAAGAAGAGUAAGAAGAAGCGGCGCCAACAGGCAAACAUGCUGCUGGCACAAGAUGUUGCGAUCUCGCAAAGCCUCGAGCCAGUGGACUUAGACUUAGACUUAGCGGACAUUGAAGGUGCGCGUCUAUCAAAUUCCAGCGACCCCCCCUCCAAGCCUGACACUGCCGGCAGUGCGCAGCGCGUGUCGAAGAAGGAGCUGCGUCGCGAGCGGCAAAAAAUUAAGGAACAAAAAGAAGGCGGCAGCGAUCUGCGGUGCAACGUGUGCGGCCGGGAAUUCGAGACACGCAACCAUCUAUUCAACCACAUCAAGGACACCGGCCAUGCCCUGGCCAACAACCUUCCUCGGCACUUGGCGGAGCAAAUCGUACAGGAGAGGUCUACCGCCAAGGGAAAGAAGGGCAAGAAGGGAGCCAAGCGCUGAAAAAUUAAGAUUUAAUUUUGCGUGAUACGCGAUGAAAAAUGCGGGGUGAAGAAAUACUUCAUUUCUCCAUUUUUUGCCUGCCUAAAAUAAAAAUACUUCUUUGUUGGAGGAAAUGAAUAAAUAAUUUGGUUUUAGCGCCUAAAACAUG